GUCACAUGCAGCGAAAUGCCAUGGCGGUCUAACAAGCUGGCGGGCGGCGAUUGAUGCUGUUCAAGGGAUGAAUUCAGAACAUCUCACCUUCGAACGAUAUCUCGUCCAGUCGUACGGCUGGAGAGGGACAGACACCCGAUUUCCACAGUGAGGCGCACGCUCUGCGGUUCUGUGACCAAGGAAGCUCGUCCCAAGCCCGUCCCGCGCUCGGCCGCUGUGAACCGUUUCCGCAACGUCAUCGAGAGCCGGGGCUUGAAUCGGCCGACAACCCCGUUGGUGUCUUCGAAGACAACUGCUGAUUGCCCAGGACGCCAUCAAAGUCCAACACCUCGACUCCCUCUGCCUCUGGCCUGGCUUCUUGUAUCGUUCCAAAGUCCACCCACUACAUUCCGAUUCCGUGUCCUAUACACGUCUGGCCCUUUCGUCGCAUGACCUCGCCAGCUCUAAUCGUUCGGUUCUGCGGAGCGGCGGCCUGCGAACAUUCAUCAACCCCGUACCCGUACCCGGCCCUGUCCUGCCGUUAUGGCCCCACUCCGUCUUCUCAUUGAGCAGGGCAAGUUUGUCGAUGCAUCUGGCCGCCAGGUCAUCCUCCGCGGUAUCAAUGUUGCCGGCGAUGCCAAGUACCCCAGCGAGCCCUUCGACCAGCCCUCCCAGGUCUCCGACAACUUUUUCGACGGAGACAACGUCAGCUUCCACAAGAGGCCAUUCACCAAGGACGAUGCCCAUGUGCAUUUCGCCAGGCUGAGGCGUUUCGGCUACAACACGAUACGAUAUGUCUUCACCUGGGAGGCCAUCGAGGCCAGGGGUCCUGGAAUAUACGACGAGGAGUGGAUAAGCCAUACCAUUGAGGUUUUGAGGACAGCAAAGGACUACGGCUUCUUUAUAUACAUGGACCCCCACCAAGACGUGUGGUCGAGGUUCUCUGGCGGCUCUGGCGCCCCAAUGUGGACGCUAUACCUCGCCGGCCUGAACCCGCAGUCCUUCGCCGCCACCGAGGCAGCCAUAGUGCACAAUACUUAUCCAGAGCCCGAGAACUACCCCAAGAUGAUAUGGUCGACUAAUUACAACCGCCUUGCUGUUGCGACCAUAUUCACAAUGUUCUUCGCGGGAAAGGCGUUCACACCCAAGUGCAUCGUGGACGGCCUAAACAUUCAAGACUACCUACAGCGCCACUUCUUCGACGCCGUGGAGCACCUAGCAAGGAGGAUCAAGGAUGCUGGCGACAUUCUCAAUGAGGUCGUCUUUGGAUGGGAGAGCAUGAACGAGCCGGCACGGGGCUUGAUUGGACUCGAAGACAUGAGCGUCAUCCCCAAGGAGCAGGCCCUCAAGAAGGGAUCGUGCCCGACCAUCUGGCAGGCCAUUCUUACCGGGUCUGGGCGUGCGUGCGAGGUUGACACGUGGGAUAUGGGCGGCCUGGGGCCAUACAAGGUCGGACGGACGCUCAUUGACCCUCGGGGCGAGACCGCCUGGCUGCCUGCUGACUACAAUGAUUCGCGGUACAAAUGGGAGCGCGAUCCUGGGUGGAAGCUGGGGGAGUGUGUGUGGGCGCAGCACGGGGUAUGGGAUCCUAGCUCAAACACGCUGCUCCGCAAGGACUACUUCGCCCACGACCCAAGGAACGGGGCGGUGGCGAACUAUCCCUACUUCACCAACAACUGGUUCAUGGAUUUCUACAGGCAGUAUCGUGACAGGAUCCGGUCACAUCACCCGGAAGCGAUCAUGUUGUGCCAGCCACCAGUGCUUGAGCUGCCGCCCAACAUCAAGGGGACCGUGGACGACGACCCGAAUAUGGUGUACGCCCCGCACUAUUACGACGGCAUAACCCUAAUGACCAAGAGAUGGAACCGGACCUGGAAUGUGGAUGUUCUGGGCAUUCUCCGAGGAAGAUAUCUCACACCUGCGUUCGGCAUCAAGAUCGGCGAGACUGCCAUCCGGAACUGCUUCCGGGACCAACUGGCCGCGAUGAGGAAGGAGGGGCUGGACUACAUGGGUAACCACCCCUGCGUCCUGACAGAGUUUGGCAUUCCAUAUGACAUGGAUGACAAGUAUGCCUACAAGACGGGAGACUACUCUAGCCAGAGCGCAGCCAUGGAUGCGAACCACUUUGCUGUCGAGGGCAGUAGGAUGGAGGGCUACUCACUCUGGCUUUACACCACUAAUAACGUCCACCAAUGGGGCGAUCAGUGGAACGGGGAGGAUCUUUCGAUCUACUCGCUCGACGACAAGCCUCUGUCCAUCUCUGCCGUGCCCCCUCCCAAGACUGAGUCCUCGGGGUCUACGAAUUCUCGGCUCUCCGAGGACGUCGCGGUGACGCCAAGCAACCUCAAGAAGACGCUCACGAACGAUGCCGCCUCGGCAUCGCCCAACCCGAGCCAUCCUCCCAGCUCGGGCAGCCCAUCCCAGCUGAUGGAUACCACCGACCCGGGCCUCAAGGCAACCCCGGGCUAUCGUGCCGCGGAGGCCUACGUCCGGCCGGCACCGGUGGCCGUGAGCGGGGACAUCACGCACUACACGUUCGACCUGAGGAGCUGCACGUUCGUUCUGAAGCUGCGCACGGCGAACGAGCCCAGCCAGGAUGCACCGACAGUGGUGUUCCUGCCGGAAUACCACUUCCCGCGGGAGGGCUCCGUGGUGGACGUGUCUGGCGGCAAGUGGGAGAUUGGGCAGGGCGAGGACGGCAUCCAGCGGCUGCGGUGGUGGCACGGCAAGGGCGAGCAGGAUAUCAAGAUUGUCGGCCAGGUCCGGAGAUACAAUACCGGCGACGGAAAGGAGGGUACGCCUGGCGAGGAGCCAGGUUAUUACGAUAUGAUCAAUAACUGGCUGGGCAACGGUUGUGUGGUGAUGUGAAACUGAGCUGAGGGUUAGGUGCAAGCGUUCUGGGAGGAAAGCUGACACCGGCGUACAUAUUCAGCAGGCAAAGGCAUAGCAAUUGUUAUUGGCCAAUUCGUAUAUAACAGAUUGUAACGUCAAUCGGGAACGGUAUCAAGGAAUGGCCCGAC